UAAAUGAGGCGGACCCACCAGCUCGGCCGACGUUACAAAUAACAUCCGGGGCUCCCAGCUUCUUGUCUGGCGACCCGUCGCCAUUAGUGCAUGCUUGCUUUUCUCCCGGACAAAAUUUUAUUCGCUAAAAUUGUUUAAUUGGCUUGUUUUCCAGCCUUUGGAAAACAUUUAGCGCCUUGCUAAGGGCACAUUGUUUCCCUUAACAAGUAAAACUGAAAAAAUCUAGGUGGGGUUUGMCCCCGCGUGGCGAAUUUUCGUCCUCUCCUUAUCGGGCUUUCUAACUUGAGACGCUACAACCGUGUCUCUUAUUUUCUUCUAGAGUUGGUUAGUGAUCAAGAUGUCGCCGUAAUGGGGUCUCCGCGUUUGACAGAAAUGAAUCGGGGCCUUCGCCGCCUGACCCGCACCCACUGCAGUCCGUUUUCCUCGUCCGUUUUUGUUUUUGAUGCUAGAGAGCUCGGCGGCUCUCUGCUCGCAGCUCGUCCCCAGCGCCGCCGCUCACCACACGGAGACAAACAUGGAGAAGAAUCCCAGCAGCAGCACCAGCACCAAGGUUCCGCCCCGUUCCAGUUCUACAGGCCCACCGCCCGGAGAAUCUAAACCCAAAACAGAAGGUAAAAAUAAUGGGGGCUCUAAGCGGUACAGRCGCAAGCGUGAGCCCUCCUUCCCCAAAGCAGAAAGUUUCGCCGGCCCUCGCCGCACCAAUUCACAGAAAAGCAAGAAUUUUGACAAGAGACCCCCUCAGAGAGGUGGAGGACGACAGUAUGGAGUUACAGGUGGAGGACGACGUGAGGAGGUAGCAGAGACACGCCGGGCCGAGUUUAGCCCGGCUCAGUUUGCUGGACCCAAGAAGAUAAGUUUGAACCAUCUGCUGAACUUCACGUUUGAACCCCGUGGAGGUAACGAUGGCGUCGGAGACGGCGGCCACUCGUAUUGGGGCCGUCGAAACAAGUGGGGCCACAAGAGUAAGCCUUUCAACAAGGAGCUGUUUCUGCAGGCCAACUGCCAGUUUGUGGUGACUGAUGAGCAGGACUACAAGGCUCACUUCACUGAUCCCGACACGCUGGUCAACUGGGACUGUGUGCAGCAGGUGCGCAUCUACAGCCAUGAGGUGCCGUCCUGCCCCAUCUGCCUCUAUCCACCUGUGGCAGCUCGCAUCACCCGGUGUGGACACAUCUUCUGCUGGCCGUGCAUGCUGCACUACCUGUCUCUGAGCGACAAGAGCUGGUCCAAGUGUCCCAUCUGRUAUGAGGCCGUGCACCCCGCUGACCUGAAGAGUGUGGUUGCUAUGGAGACAAAGCAGUAUGCGGUGGGUGAUGUAAUGACCAUGCGCCUGAUGAGGAGAGAAAAGGGGGCUCUGGUGGCCCUGCCAAGCUCUCAGUGGGUGAAGGUGGAGGAACCUAUACGCCUUGGAGAUGCCUGUUUCAGCCCGUACUCCAAGCUGCUGCUCACCUCCCCAGCUCAAGUCCUAAACCUGGUCACAGAGGAGAAGGCAGUCCUGCAGGCUCAGCUGAGCCUGGAAGACGAGGCCCAGGGCUGCUUCAUCCAGAGCGCCCUUUGUCUCCUGCAGGAGCGAGAGGAAAUGUUCCAACAAAAAACGGAUGCACACGGCUUUGAUUUGUCCUCACUGACUCUGAAGGAAGCUCCUUCCCCUGUGGAGGAACUGGUGACUAAUAUCAGCAGCGCCAAGCCGGUCCUGCAGUACGCCUCUGCGUUUGAUGACGAGGUGGAGGAGCUCACAGAGGACGUGGCUGCAGAGCUGCAGGGUGUUUCUGGAGCACCGCUGGAGUGUGUCCCGGAGGAAGAGCCCUGCGAGGCUGUGCCGGACGCUGCCCCAGAGCCUCAGCACCAUGAGCAGAGUCCCGCCAACCAGGCAGAGUCUGCGCACCCUUCAACCAACGUGGUGCACGGACCUUAUUAUUAUUUCUACCAAGCUGAAGACUGCCAGCAGAUGUUUCUGCAUCCCGUGAACGUGCGCUGUCUGUUGCGUGAAUACGGCACUUUGGAGGCGUGUCCUGACACCAUCACUGCCAGGGUGGUGGAGGUAGUGGGACACACAGUCACUGAGGAGGUUCGUCGUCGUAAUCGCUACCUGGCUCACCUGCCGCUCACAUGUGAGUUCAGCAUCUGUGAGUUGGCUCUGCAGCCGCCAAUCCUGUCCAAAGAGACUCUGGACACGUUUGCAGAUGACUUGGAGAAAAGAAAGCGACUGAGGCAGAAGAAAGCGAGAGAUGAGAAACGCAGAGAGAAGCGCAUUGAGAUGGAGGAGAAUAAGAAGCAGGGUAAAUAUCCUGAGGUGCACAUUGGACUUGAGAAUCUUCAUCAUUUCCCAGCAUUUGGCUCUCCGCCUCACAACAGCAGCCCCCCAGUCCAACCUGAUUUCACUUUAGCCCCUCCAUCACCCCUCAGCUGCAGUCCCUCUUCUGAUGGAAUGAGAUUCCCAAGUCUGAGUGUGUCCACCACACCCACUGUGGGGAGUGUGGAGGAGGAUUCGCACUGCAUGUCCUUUGCACAGAUGCUGAGAGACGGGAAAGCCAGAGUUGAUGCUGGACCCAGGAUCGCCCCAAAGAAAGAUAAGCUGUUAGCCCCUCCAGCAGCAGACAGUGACGGUGAGAGUGACGGCUCAGAUCGUGUCCCCGUGCCCAGCUUUCAAAAUUCUUUCAGUCAGGCUUUUGAGAAGGCACUUCUGCAGCUGGACAACGGUCCUGCUUCCUCACCACAACACGUGGUCGAACCAGAUGAAAAGGGAGGAAAGAAGAAGAAGAAGAAGCAGACGCUUCUGUUCAGCACAUCCAUGGUUCACACAAAGUAGACCCAACUAAACUUCACUGGAUCAUAAGCUUCCAGCUGCUUUGUUUUUUUUUUCUUUUUCUUCCAUGAUGAUUUUGUUGGAACUAUGGAAUUAGGUUUCAGUGUGUAGCCAAAGUUUACGCUGCUUUAGACAUUGCUUCACAGGGUUGAUGUUUGUUUUGCUGCUCUCCCCUCACUUUCAUUUACAUUAGUUUCAUGUUGUGCUAGGACAGAGUUGUAUCAUCCUCUUGUCAAUGAAAGCCUUAUGAGUGACAUGUAGUUCAGAUGCAAAGUAAAAAGUUAUAACAAGUUGUUCACUCUGAUAUUCAACAUACUUUAGGCUUUCAUGACUGUCAAGAGACAUCGUUUCCAUAAUURGACUGCAUUGCAUCUAGGACCCAUUAUUGUUGGGGGGGAAAUGUUUUGGUGCUUCAGGCAGGGAGAAACAGUCAGCCAGCUGUAAUGUGUUGCAGCUCUGAAACUUUCCAAACACUCAGCAUUCAGACAGCAUCAGUCUGUAAACUUGACAUCCAUUUUUCAGUGUUCAUUACAGGUAYCUACUUAAAGCUGUUAGCCCUUCAGGACGCCAAAUUUUGAAGAUCGCAAAAAUCAGAAUUGUAGUAUUUUGAGAAUUCUACAAGAAAACAUGUAAWACAGGCAAGUAACAGUAUUGUACGAAAAGAUAGAUUCUGUAGGCUCUACAGAACAUAUUCUGCUUGGUCAAACCUGAAACACCCGCCUUCUUUUCWUUCAGUUUGUCCCGUUUCAUUUGUUUGAUUUCAAAUGUUGAACUACUUUAAAAGUUUCCCUUUUAUUUCUGAGUUGAAAAUGUGUGAAGCUGAAGGGUGAUUUUUAAGGUUGAAACUUAAAAAAAAUUGGAUUUAUUUGAGGAUUCUUUAAUUUACCUAUAUUUUUUAGCAGGUUUAUGGGCUAAAAACAUAAGUUAGUAUGUUAUGAAUAAAGAUUUKUGCACAAUAAAAUGA